AUGACAAGGCUGUCUCCAUGUGUUUACGUCUACCGUCCAGAACCAUCUACUACAGGCACCAUCGAAGAACUCCCAACCUCCUCAUCGAAACCAGUACCUAAGCUGAUCCUUCUGGCAACAUGGAUGGGCGCUCGUGAUCCACACAUCGCAAAAUACCUGUUGCAGUACCGAGCCUUCUUCCCAACCACACCAAUCCUCCUCGUUCGCUCGGAACCACGCCACUUUACCCGGCCGCGCGGCGCGCCACGCGAGCUUGCCCCCGCUCUGCCUGUGCUACACUCGGUCUUCCCUGAGCUGGCUGCUCCAGGCAAGGCCUCCUCUUCGAACUCAGCAGCGAUAUUGAAAGCAAAUCCUCCGCAACUCCUCAUCCACGCCUGGUCCAACGGCGGGACGAACUCCCUUCAUGUCCUCCGGCUGCUGCUCGCAUCCACAACCACCUCGACACCCUCACUCGACCCGCGCUGUGACCUGCCCCGAUACACCCUCGUCCUCGACUCUACGCCCGGAGCCUUCCGGUACUGGGCCGCCUUCCGCGCCUUCACGACCGGCCUGUCGGGCAUCGUCUACUGGCUCCUGGCUCCACUGAUGCACGCCAUCUGCCUGCACUACUGGCUGCGACACGAGAUUCUGGGACGGGGGAAGACCGGGCCGUUGGCGGCGGUGAGGAAGGGGUUGAAUGAUGAAAGGUUGUUGUCUUCGUGGAGUGAGGUCCGGAGGACAUAUGUGUAUAGUGAGGGGGACAAAUUGGUGCACUGGCAGGAUGUGGAGGCCCAUGCGGUUGAGGCAGAGAGGAAGGGAUUUGUGGUGCGGAGAGAAAAGUUUGAUGGAAGCGAGCAUGUUGCGCAUCUGAGAAGGGACGCGACGAGGUACUGGAGGGUUGUGAAAGAGACUUGGGAGGGGGAAUGCUGA